GCACAAAGGGCAAUUUCACCUCGUUAAAUUUUUUAAAUAUUUAUAUAAAUAUAUAACAAAUAAAUAAAUAUAUCAACAAACGAAUUUAAAUAAAAAUAAAAUAGUGUAAUUUAAAUACGCGAUAAUUGUUUUAUUAAAAUGAAGAAAAAUAAAUUCAAAUAAUUGUCAACAUGGAUUUGAAUAAAUGAAUAAAUUGAUAAGAAAGAACAAAUAAAUUAAAAUGGCAAGUAAAGGAUUUUGUGUCAAAAUUUACUUUGAUCUUCAUAUCAUAAAUUGUCCAGGUGUUUGGUUGUGUCCAAACGGUACAGUGACAUUGCAGAUAAAUUGUCUGAACUCUCAUAUCGAAUCCCGAAAAGUAACACCAGCGUUUCCGUUGGUGCUUAGCGAUAAAUUUUUGUUCAAAAAAAUUUUCACUGGGAUUGGGACGUUGACGGAGCUAGAGUGUUGUCUAGAAAGUGAAUAUUUUUAUGCCGAAUUGGUACAGUGUCCUUCGGCAGAUGGUAGAAAAGUUAUUUUGGCGACUUUUGAGACAAAUUUAGUGGAUCUUUUGUACCCGGCUCCUUGUUACAGAGGAUUGGUGGCCGGAGUUGAUGUAGAUCUGUUGAUGGAACCGACAAAAUACUUUCCGGGAAUUCUAGCACCAAAAAUAGAGGUAUCUACUCGCACAGUGAUAGAGGAAAUGGAAAUAUGUCAAGUAGAUGUCGCGAGAAAUCGUAUUAUUAAUCCAAAAUUAAUAAACUCAAAAGGACGGCCAUGUAUUCAUCGAAAACGUCCUACUGAAGGUAUCAUCAGACAAAAAAAAGUCUGUCAUACACAAGGACGAAUAAAAUCUCCUCCUCGGCUAUGCGCAUGUAGACAUCAAGUCCGAUUGGGAAUGAAUGAAACUCUGGUGCCAUGUCCAUCAGACUCACGGAGUCAAUCCCAUGUGAGUCAGUGCUACCAAAAAUCAACACCAAGUGUUAAACAAACAAAUUCUUAUCCCUGUAAAAAUUCUAUCUACGAGUGCACUUCCGUACGACAAUUUCAUGACUUGGAUGACUGUUCAGUUUGCUCGAGGUACAGGCACUUUUUUUCAAAAGACUCUCGGACCAUCACGAUGACAAGUACUGACAGUCGCAAAGAAGCUUCUUAUGGGUCUUGUGACGUGACUAAUUGCACCGAACAUACUUCUUCAGAAAGUCUAUCACUAUCAACGCUACGGAGAAGAAUACAGAAUUUAAAUAAACCUAAGUAACAAAACUUAAUUAUUUAAAAAAAAAUCGUCAGGGAAUUGAACAAGUAAAACAUUUACAUUUAUUAAUUAUUGUAUUAUUAUUAUUAUUUUUUUUUUCAUUGUUACCAAACAACUUUUCUACUUAUGAUUAAAAACAUAACAGAGUAUGACAUUAAUUUAAUAAUACAUAAAUAAUAUUUUAUUAUUUUUAAUCGUAUUCAAAUAAAAAUAUUGCGUGCAGUAUUUUUAACUUUUUUUUUUAAGUAACUAAUCGAGUGCAAAUUAAAAUAAUAUUUUAAAUUUAAGA